CCCAUACUUCCGACCGAGCACAGCUCACGACGCGAGCGGCGCCGACUGCCGAUUGUGUGAAUUGUCCUGACCGACCGCCUCCCUCCCCCGGCCUGUCGGACGACACUGGUAGCGACGUCCACCUCCACCUCCACCCUCGAAACAAAGCCGCUUCUUUGUGUCGUCCUCAGGCGCCCGCCAAUGCUGGCGCUGAAGCACUAGCUCGGCCAACCAACCCAUUGACUGCUGCUGGCGGCUUCUGCGAUUUCCUUCGCUCGCUGUGUCGUGCCCUCGCAGCGCCCGCCGAACGAGAAAUGCGAAACAGCCGCCGACAAGUGACCGCGGGCUUGCUAGGAGCACCUCGUCGAGCUGGUGCUGACCAGGCGCUGAGCACGUUGGAACGGUGACUUGGGCCUGGACGAGGAACCACCACCACCACCGCGGCGACAGACCAUGAGUGACAAAUCCUCCCGCCGCCGCAGCGGCGUGUGGCAGUCCAAUGUGCACGACCAGGACAAGUCGCGCAGCAAAAAUAGAUGGGGGCAGGAGAAACAGUCCAAGGACCCGAGCAUGUAUGAUGAGUAUCUGACCGAGCGCCAACCGACGACGACCAUGUCCACGAGCUCCACGCAGACUGAACCCAAGCCGAGAUCAGUAAGCCGCCGCCCCUCCAUGCCGCUGAGGCAAGGCUCGGGUAGCACAGCAGUGAACAGCAGUGGCACACAAACGACCAUUCGGACGGUAACACCCGAAGACCAGCGCACGAGAAGGGGAAAUUCCCUCGAGCACCAUGAUCGCAAUGGCAAUGGCAACCUGCCCGUAAACACCACCAUGAACUUCGAGCAGGUCUUCAUUCCGCACACCACUACCACCAUCGUAGGCGGUGCUGCGGCGCGAGAAAGUUCUGGCGGAUCGUCGAGCAGCAAGAGCAAACGACGCGACAAGGAUCUCGACCGCGAGCGCAGCCAUACGAUCAGUCCCAGCGGCAGCAGAAACGGCAGCGUGAACCUGACCAACACCUCCUUCCUUGGGCGCAGUGAGAGUGCGGGCAAUGGUCAUCGUACGCACGGCGUCAUGGCGGACAAUGGGCACGCGCAGCGUCCGCGCACGAGUACCAACGAUGAGCGGAGAAGAGGCCACGCCGAUACGACCAUAGGCACUCGAUUCAAGAAUCGAGUCGGCAGCGUGCAGUCGCCAUCAUCACCCAUAGGCGGGGCCGAAUAUCUCGCCUCAGUACCAGCUGCCACGGAGCCGUUGACUGCGCCGUCUGUGUCGUCCGUCGGCUCGCCGGUCGUGUCACCUUCCCACACACCUCAGGGGCAUCGCUCUAUAUCGCCAGUGUCUUCGAGCACGGCCGACUCAAUAACAUCCGCUCUGCCUAGCGCCAAUGCGAGACGAAUAUUGCACCUCAUGAAGACACUCAAUGGCAGAAUGAGCGGCAAUGUCAUAUUUCGGCGAGGUUUUGGAAAUCCGUGGAGCCAGAGUUAUUGCUACAUACACGAAGAGAGCGGGAGCCUCAUGUACGAGUCGCGAGGGAGUGAAGGUGCUCACAAGACACUUGUCCCGGAACUUCGAGGCUCUUCCGUGAGGUCGAACCUGGAUGGGGAAAUGCCGUAUCUGGAAGUCUCGUUCCCGGAUCGAACUGAAGAAGUGCACAUCAAAUUGCAGACACAGUCUGACUUUGACGCCUGGUUUGCGGCUCUGCUGCACUGGACACCGAGAGACACGAGUUCCGUCAGCAGUAAUGAGCCGCGCCCGGAUCCGGACAACACCAAGUCAUCGUCGAUGUCCGAGCACAGCAUGCGAAGAGCCUCAGUCAACAAUCCUGUCAGUCCGCAGACCCGGGAUCGCGCUUCAAGCAAUAGAAGUCAGAGAAGCGAUCGCCGAAAGUCAGUCAUAGCGGCUCUACCCAAGGAGAACCCUGUCAUCAAGAUUGGCAAGAUGAUUUACUGGGAUACCAACAUUGGGUAUAACAGCUCGAGCGCUUCCACUCUUGGCCAACCAUCUUCGAGUAGGCCCUCCAACCAUAGGAUGCAAAGCGCGGGCUCGCGUAGAUGGAGACGAAUUAGCGGGCAACUUCGGGAGAAUGGCGAGCUGAAACUACACUCCGACGCAGAUAACUCGCUGAUCUCGGUCGUACAACUUAGUCAACUAAGCCGAUGUGCGAUACAACGAUUGGACUCGAGCGUCUUGGAAAACGAAUUCUGCAUUGCCAUCUACCCGCAGUACACCGCGAGCUACACGACUACCCAACCUGGAUUCAUUCGACCGAUUUUCCUCAGCCUGGAGAAUCGCGUGCUCUACGAGGUCUGGUUCGUUCUGCUCCGGGCUUUCACGAUGCCGUCGAUAUACGGUCCGCGGAUAGACGCGGAGCAGGAGAAUGGUCAAGGAAGCUCCAACCAGGAUCUCGAAAGCAUGAUCGCUACCAGCACCACAUAUACUUUUCGGAUGGAACGGAGCUUAAGUGUCAGGGUAGUCGAAGCCAAAAUGCAACCCACCAACGCCAACGACCCCGGCUCGAGCCAUGGCAAACAACAUUCCAACGCCUCAACUGAAAAACAUGGCUACUAUGCCGAGGUCCUCCUCGACAACGAAACCAGAGGGAAGACCGUGGUCAAGUACGAGGGGCUCAAUCCCCUGUGGGGUGAAAGCUUCGAGUUUCAGGACCUCCCGCCGGUGCUCAACAAUGCUAGUGUCAUUAUCAAACGCCGUCCACCAGAGCAUGAAUCGACCAAGCAGGACAGCAAACACAAAGCUCACGACACGUACGGCGAGGAGCAAGGUGGCUUCACUGCCCUCGCCUUUGACCACAAUUGUGGCAAAGUCGAGAUUCAGAUGGAAGAGCUGGAGCCAGAAAAGGAAGUUGAGAAAUGGUGGCCUGUGACCAAUAUGCAUGGGCAGCGAGUGGGUGAAGUUCUGAUCAAGGUACGCGCGGACGAGGGCAUCAUUCUCAUGGCGCGCGACUACCAGCAGCUCAGCGAGCUGCUGCACAAAUUCUCGAAUGGCUUGACAUUGCAGAUUGCACAAAUGAUACCCAGUGAGCUCAAAAGGCUCAGCGACAGCUUGUUGAACAUUUAUCAAGUUUCUGGCAAAGCGGGAGAUUGGCUUAUGGCAUUGGUAGAGGAGGAGAUUGACGGUAUACACAAGGAAACACCCAUCACAAGAUUACGCUACAGCAGGAGAGUGGGCUCGGAGAGCAGUGGCGAUCCCAUGACGACUGGCGGACCGAACAGCGACCGUGAGCUUAUUGUGCGCGACCUGAACAAGAAUGCGACACUCGAAGCGAAUUUACUAUUCCGCGGCAACACGCUGCUGACGAAGAGCUUGGACUCUCACAUGCGUCGCGUCGGCAAGGAAUAUCUCGAAGAGUCGCUGGCCCCCAAGUUACAAGAAAUCAACGACAAAGAUCUGGACUGCGAAGUCGAUCCAAACCGUGUGGGGUCACCACAGGACGUGGACCGGAACUGGAGACGGCUGAUGCUGUUCACGCAAGAUGUCUGGAGGGGCAUUGUCGCACAGAAGCACCGAUGUCCAAUCGAACUCAGGAUCAUCUUUCGACACAUCCGUGCAUGCGCGGAAGAUCGCUAUGGGGACUUCUUGCGAACUGUGAGCUACAGCAGCGUAUCUGGUUUCCUGUUCCUGCGCUUCUUCUGUCCAGCGGUGCUCAACCCUAAGCUCUUCGGGCUUCUCAACGAUGACAUCAAGCCACGGGCCCGUCGCACGUUUACUCUGAUCGCAAAAUCGCUCCAGACGAUGGCAAACAUGGCUUCCUUCGGCACCAAGGAGCCAUGGAUGGAGCCCAUGAACGCUUUCCUCGUCCAGCAUCGCGAGAGCUUCAAGACCUUUAUCGACGAUGUCUGUCACGUGCCCGCACCCAUUGGUGGCAACAGCUUCCCCAACUCUGCCGCCUCUCCAACCUGGCCCUCCGAUGUGGUAAGCGCUGAGCGCCAUCUCAGCUACACGACGCCGAUGACGAUUAUGCAACGACUCCCGCCUAGUAGUCGUGAGGGAUUCCCAAGCUUGCCAUACCUAAUCGAUCAAGCCAGAUCUUUUGCCGAUUUGAUCCAUCUAUGGCUCGAGGCUCUGGCAGCGCUGUCCAGCAGCAAUGAUUCUGCGUCCCUUCCAGGCAAAACUCACACUGAUAUCAUCAACGCCAUCAUUGCCUCCGAGGGUGAUCUCAAGGAGUUCCAUCAGCUCUGCGAAGAGCUCAACGCGCGGACACAGGAAUGCCUCAAUCGCGCAGAGAGAGCAGAGCGCCCAGACAGCCCUGGAAGCUUCCAAUGGGAAGACGUUAUCAACCAGCUACAGAAGGCGCACAUCCGCGGACAGCCGGCGAAGCAAGGUCAGGACGCAUUCGACAUGGUUGCCGAUAGAAUCGCCAACGAUCCUUCGAUACUGCCCGACGACGCCAACCCUGCAAUUGAGGCUACACUGGCACAGCUGCGCGGUGAUACCGCCGGCACAGAUAUUGUCUCCGACGACGAUCAAAACAGGCAGUACAUGUCUUCACCUCCCGCUUCCACAGCUUACAGCUUGCCACGAUCGCAGAGCGAUUACCCCGCCCGGUCAGGAAUCCGGAGUCUAGGUGGCAGCACUAUGAGCGCCAGCACUUUUGUGGCGCGCGACUACUCACACACCAUAGGCUCGCCUACUGCCUCAGCCAAUGCAAGCAUGAGCAACAUAUCUGGCAUCUCGAGCGCUGUCAGCAGCGAUACCGAACACCAGAGCACAACGGCGCUGCCAAGCUACGAAAAGGAGGUCCGCCACCGAGAGCGGCGAGAGGCUGCGAGAGUACAGAUUCGAUCUCAAAUGGAAGCUGAUCGAAAUCGAGACAAGGAGAAGAAGGAGAGGAAAACUACCAAGCUGAUACCACCUGGCUUGCGAAAGAAAAAGGACAAGGACGUGCCAUCACGGAGUGCGAACAGUACCCCGCUCGACGCGCGAUGGAAAGAGAACGGUGGAAUGAUUUGAUUUGUUAUGCGUUCCUUUGCGAUGAUCUACUCUUUUUGAGCGAGCAUAGCUGUGUCCUGCAGGCAGAGUGUGAGCAGGAUACCUACAUUUCUUUGUUGGUAUAGGCUGUAGAGGACGCCGGCUGGGACUGCGUCGGGAUUGUUGGAUGGCCAGAGGAACUGGGAAGGGAUUUGCAUGAAGAGGAUGAGGUGGGAAGGAAGGAUGGGAAAGCUAUGGUGCCAGAGGCAUUCUGCGAUGCGGUCGACGUCUGAUGUAUGAUGAUAUAGCAGCACCUAACCACCGAAUGGGGAUUUUCCGAGCUCUGUUUGGGCAAAGGUGAGGGCAUUGGUACCACGGGACACAACAUAUCUAUACCAGAUGGAAAGGACGCUGCUGCAGGAUGAGGGUUGCCAUUGUUAGAAAAUCAAUCGCUAGC